AUGCGCUGGCCCGAAAAGCGGAACGCCCUGUCGGUGACCAUGAUGGACCGGCUGUCGGCGGCGCUUCGGGAGGCGGCCGGGGAAGAAGGCGCACGCGCCAUCGUCCUGGCCGGCGCCGGUCCCGCUUUUUCCGCCGGCCACUACCUGCCGGAGAUGGUGGGGGCAAGUCCCGAGGAACAGCGCCAGGUCUUUCUCGCGUGCUCGGCUCUCAUGGAGACCAUUCGCGUCCUGCCUUUGCCGGUGAUCGCGGAGGUGCGCGGCAUCGCAACCGCCGCCGGAUGUCAACUGGUUGCGGCCUGCGAUCUGGCGGUCGCCGCCGAGACCGCCCGCUUCGCUACCCCGGGGGUCCGCAUCGGGCUCUUCUGCUCCACUCCGAUGGUUCCAGUGAGCCGUGCCGUCGGCCGCAAGCGCGCCAUGGAGAUGUUGCUCACCGGGGAUUUCGUGGACGCCCCGACGGCGCUGGAUUGGGGGCUCGUGAACCGGGUGGUUCCGGAGGACCGGUUGGAAGCGGAGAGCCAGACGUUCGUGGAACGGAUUGCCGAGGCAAGUCCCUUCGUGGUCGCCCUCGGGAAGCGCGCGUUCCACCGGCAGGCCGGCCUCAGCGUGGAAGACGCCUACGCCCAGAUGUCCGAAGUCAUGUGCGGUAACGCGGUCGAACCCGACGCCCAGGAAGGGAUGCGCGCCUUCCUCGAGAAACGGCGGCCUCGCUGGACGCAAGGCGCGUCCUGA